AUGCCCAAAGAAAAGUCUGUCAAUCCCGCACAAGCCCAGCGCAAAGCUGAAAAGGCAAAAGCUAUCAAAAAAAGCAAGGCAUCUUUACAAGCUCAGAAGAAUGAACGACUGGCCAAGAAAAAUCCACAACGUCUACAAUCCCAACUCGACGACCUCAAGAAGAUAGAAAGUUCUGGUGGGAAACUCACAAGUCAUGAACGAUCACUGGUAGAAGGAUUAGAGAAGGAGAUCAAGGCUGUAAACAAAGCGCGCGAAUCUUUAGGCGAUGCAGCACCUCAGUUUUCGCAGUCGAGGGGUGGGUUUGGUGGAGACAGGGGAGGAAGAGGAGGGUUUGGGGGACGAGGCGGGAGCGGUGUUUUGGGCAAACGAAGAAGAGAUGGGGACAUGGAUGAAGAGAGUAGUGGGUCGGAUGUUGACGAAGAGGUUAAGAGAAUACCCAUGCCGAGGGAUACACCACCUCCGUUCCCCAAAGAAGUACUGGAUAAAUGGUACGCGGCGCGACGGGCGCGGUAUCAGGCACAGAAUCAAAAUCAAAACGGCGAGAAGAGUGGAGGCACAAGCGCGAAUUCUAUGCCAUUGGGAGGAAAGGAUCGCGGGGAAUUUGGUAAUCGGGAUGCUGGAACUGGUGUGAAAGUACAGCAGGAAGUCAAGACAGUAUAUGAAGCGAAGCCACAAAUACGAGAUUUACGGAAGGAAGCUGUGGCUUUUGUUCCCGCGGCUGUGAGGAUGAAAAUGCAAAAGGGAAAGGGAGAAGGUGGCUUGAUGGAACCGGAAGAGAUGGAAAAAUUAGAAAAAGAAGGUUAUAUUGCUGGCAGUGGUGGGCAAAGGAAAGAAACUGAAGAAGGUGGUCAAAUGACUGUAGAGAUGGAGGAAGUGGAGGACGAAGAAUAUGCUUGA